UUAGGAGAAUGGGAAAAAGAGGGGUAAUAAUAGCAGACAUAAAACAAAUAAGAAAAAUAUAGCCUUGCAAGCAACAAAGAAUCAAAUUCAAGGAAGAAAAGAAAAAAGGUAGUUAGCCAAGUUUGAACCCAGGAAUUUCUAAAGAUGUCAUGCUAACAUUGUAUACCAGUGCUAGCAAAGCAGAGGUCGGCUAGAAAGAGAAAGGGAAAAAGAAUUCUUGAGAGAGAGAGAGAGAAAGAAAGAAAGAAAGAGGUAGACAGAAAACUGAGUUGAAUUGUGCUUUUGGGUUGAUUGCAGCUUUAAUUUCUUCAAAGGGUUAUGGAAGAUGGGCAAAAAAACACUUGAGAGGGUGAAAUACUAAUGCAAGGAACAUGGGUAAGAAAGGCAGUUGGUUUUCUGCCAUCAAAAGAGUUUUCACACCCAACACUUCCAAGGAUAAGCAAAUUCAUGCAUCAGAGAAGAAAAAUUCUAAGGAAAAGAAGGGAAGAGUACUAAAACAUGGAGAGAGCAAAUCAUUUAUUCCACUCUUCAGAGAACCGAGCAGUAUUGAGAAGAUAUUGGGGGAGGCAGAUGAGCAGAGACUACUUAUUCCUCUCUCCUCUGAACAGCCCAGAUUUUCAUCCGGGAGGCCAGCCUCUCCACGGAUCAUUUCACCAAGAGCUACUUCUCCCCGGGAUUAUCCUCGUGGACCUGUUUCUCCUCCUCGGGUCACCUCUCCAAGGGCUGCUUCUCUAAGAGUUACCACUCCACGAGCUGCUUCUCCUAGGGCUACGUCUCCACGAGCUGCUUCCCCGAGGGCCGCUUCUUCUAAGUCAAACCAGCACCGCAAAGAAGUGAAUUACGUCCAUAGACCAGAACCAACUUUACAAGUGCUUCAUGUCUCAGCUACCACGAUCCAAGCAGCCUUUAGGGGUUAUAUGGCAAGGAGGAGUUUCAGAGCUUUGAGGGGUUUAGUGAGGCUUCAAGGAGUGGUGAGGGGCAAUAAUGUAAAGAAGCAAACCGUGAACGCCAUGAAACAAAUGCAGCUUUUGGUUAGGGUUCAAACGCAAAUUCAGUCUCGAAGGAUCCAAAUGUUGGAAAACCAGGCGCUUCAGUCCCAAGCUUUAAAGAAUGACAAGGAUGGUGAGAGCACCCUGAGCAAAUGGACCCAACUGACUGAGGCAGGUAACCACGAAAAUUGGGAUGAUAGCACGCUAACCAAAGAUGAAAUUGAAGAAAGGUGGAGAAGAAAAGUGGAGGCAGUUAUCAAGAGGGAGCGAGCCAUGGCUUAUGCAUAUUCUCAUCAGUUGUGGAAAGGCAAUCCUAAGUCGGCAUUAGACAUCCGAUCCAGUGGAUACCCGUGGUGGUGGAACUGGUUAGAACGCCAGCUGCCUCCUCCUGCAGCAGCAGCAGCAGCCGCCAAUCCUUCAGAAAACCAGUCUGCUGUGAAAAAUGUCCACCUAACACCACCUAGGCCGGUAUCAGACCGCAAACCACCUAGUCCUCGACUUCCAGCUACCAACUUCAAACCCCAAAACAGUGGAUACGACAAUCACGAAGCAGGCACACCAACAUCCUCAAAAUCUGCAGUUCCUGUGAGAGGCAAACAGUUCAGCACUCCUGGCAGAACAACCCCGCCCAGCUCGAGUUUAGCCAAAUUGAUGCAACCUAGAGGCAGUGGCAUUCGUUCCCCUUUCGACUUCCCCUUGAAGGACGACGAUAGCCUAACAAGCUGCCCUCCAUUCUCGGUCCCAAGUUACAUGGCGCCUACCGUCUCUGCCAAGGCCAAAGCAAGAGCAAGUAGCAACCCGAGGGAGAGAAGUACAAGUAGUGCUGCAGGAACACCGACAAAUGACUCAAAGCGGAGGUUUUCCUUUCCCUUGACCCCGAAUAUCGCAUCUUUCAAGUGGAACAGAGGCUCCAGCAAAGAUCCUACUACUCCUCAAAGGGAAACAGAGAAGCAAGGUGGAGAUGGAGUGAGUGUGGAUUCAACUGUUUCUAUGCCAGCUAUAGUUGGGAGGAAACCAUUUAACAGAUUUGUGUGAUUGGAUUUCUUUUUCUUUUUCUUUUUUUGUUAACAUCUGUAUUAACCAUUUUGAGGUUGCUUUGUGUCUUUUCAUGUAUACCUACCUACCUACCUGAGUGUGUAUUUAUUUGGUGAUAUAUGUUAUGUUGAUGUAUACAAUAAUAAAGACAGUAGGAAAUGGUGUUUCAAAUGCAGAAAAUUCUUUCA